UUCAUCGGCCGCGCUGGACUCGAGUGAUUACUCUCCGCCUGAUGCGAUCAGCAUCAGUCUGUCGGUGACCAGCGCAUAGACAGGAGGCAGUGCUCUCUGUGAGAAACUUUGUGGCGAACCUUGUUGUGAGCGGACCGCUGCCUAGCGUGGUCCUGGAGACGGUGAGCGUGUUCAGUGAGAGGCCGGAGUGAUGGAGAUCCGGGUGGAGUGUGUGGCCAGGAUGGAGGACAGUGACUCGCCCGCGUCUCCCCGGGAGGAGCGGCCGCCCAGCCCAUGUGACAGUGAGAUCAGUGUCGGGUGUGAGGGCGAGGCGCGUCAGGACCAGCCCUCGCCCAUGGACAUGACCACCCACGCCGACACUUCCACGGAGGACGAGGAGACAGAGCCACAGUCGCCCUCCACGUCGCGAGGGGCGCCGUCCCCGACACUAUCCUCAGGCUCCCUACAGACAGAGUCAUUUACCUACCUCUCAGACGAUGAUUAUUUUAGACCACUGAAGAGAUUAGCCAUGUCGAGCACGUCACCGCCACCUCUCCAGCAGCAGCAGGAGCCCCUCUCCCCACAGCAGGACCCAGAACCCAAGCCCUCCCCGCCCUCACCUGACCCACAGUUGGAAGAGCCACAAGAGCCAGCGCCACUGUUGGGCAGAGGGGAGAUGGCAGGAAUGGACCAGAAGCAAGCUGCGGGUCUGAGGUCCUUCUCCAUCCUCGACAUCCUCUCCUACAAACCCUCCCGGCGGAAGUCCUCGGUACCUGUGAAGAUCGUGCGGCCCUGGGACACGCGGGAGGAGGGGGCCACCGACCCCCCCGCUAAGUCUGCCGGCCAGAGCGACAAGAAGAGCGGCAGCAACGACAAAGGGAGUGCUCUUGACGCCCUCUUCAAGAUGACCAACAAGACACUCGACAACCUCAAUAAAGACGAAAAGACUGAUGCCGUCAACCUCUUCAACAGUCGACAGCCGCCCAAGAAGAAGCGGAAGAGCAGGACGGCCUUCACCAACCACCAGAUCUUCGAGUUAGAGAAGCGCUUCCUCUACCAGAAGUACCUCUCCCCCGCCGACAGAGACGAACUUGCACAGACGUUAGGCCUCAGUAACGCGCAGGUGAUUACGUGGUUCCAGAACCGACGAGCGAAGCUGAAGCGGGACAUGGAGGAGCUGAAGAGGGACGUGGAAUGCACCAAGGUGAUCGCUACCAAUAAAACGCUGCUGGAGGCCUCCGUCAACGUGGCAGCGCUCCUGAAGGUGAAGGAACUGCCCAGGAUACCCAUGACCUCGCUCUCCCAGCACUAGUGUCACGCCUUCACCUGCUUAUGGCCCUUACACAGGUGAAGGAAUGUUGGCAGCAACGCCUGCCUGCCUGCCUCUUACGACACGCUGAGAUGAAAAGUUGAUACGAUCAUCUGCAUGUCGUGUCCUGUCCGAGGAAUGUCAGAUGAGAGGCUGCAGAGGAAGUUUGCCUCUCAUUUCCUGUCCGAGGAAGAUCAGAUAGGAGGUUGAUAGAGGCGUCUGCCUGUAGUGUCUUAUUUUAAGACACUGUAAGGGAGGUCUGAGAUAUUAAUAUUCAGACCAUAUGAUAUUGAAGGGACGAUUGCUUACCAAGUCCCUUCCUUAAAAACGAAUAUGAGAAACUUUGUGAGGGUAGCACUCAUUAUCUCCCGUCCAGUGACAGUGAGGUCUCGAGACCAGUGAACAGUGAGGGGGGAUAAAGGAAGUGUAACGAUCAUCAGUGUGAAUUUCGUCCCUGUUUAUAAAGUUUUCAAAGUGGCUCAAAUGCCCGCUUAAAUUAUAGUACUUAUUCUCUUAUCACCCCUGACCCAUCAUUCUCAUUUUCAAAAAAACUUUGAUCAUCUGAUGAUCAUCAUCAUAACUACUAUCAUCAGUCAAGAACUCAUCGUCACUAUCAACAUCACCAUCAUCACCAUCAUCAGCGCCCAACACCAGGGACAGCAGCUGCUCCACCGUGUGUUUCCUCCAGGCACAAAAAACAUGACGCCGAGAGCAGUAAAUAGUGUGGAACAAUGACAGUGAAGCAGCAGCUUGAAAAUACUCAGUAGUGAAGGUGUAUUUAUCUCCUCUCAGUUGUGCUCUGUUACAUAAGAGACUCAGUCGGAGGAGGAGUUAAAUCAGCGUAAUAAUCGUCUUCACAGUUAUUGUUAUUAACAUAAGCUUCAGAUGACGAGAAAAAAAACACGGGAAAAAUCACAGCACCGCUAACAGUAAAACCGCUAAGAUAAUGAAGGACUAAUAGUUGUUAUUGGAUGUAGACGAUACAAGAUGGCGACGGAGACUGUAAACAUUGACGUGAUUUAUCAUUGCAUUAUAAUCGCUUAAAAUGGUUCUAUGAUUUUGGUUGCAGUAUAACUUUGCCUUGUAAUGAUUCAACUGUUCUAUAGUCCAGAAAUUCCUUUGUAAUAAAAUUAAUAACUUUUUCUGAUAAAUUUUGGUAUGUUGUCCACAGUGAAUCAUUCAUAUUUUCUUUAGUAGUUGUAAACAACGUAAAUCUUCGAUAGACAUAACUUCAGCUCAGUGUAUUAAACUCUUAUGUAAAUCGACAACUGUGACAACAUAGACGAUAUCGUAAGCCGGCUUAUAUAACCAGUAUUGUUUCUUACUUAACUAACGUUAAAACCAAACACAGUGCAACAUGAUCCUAACAAGUAGUAAUGAUCACCAAAAAUGUUACUUUCAAAUUUUUUAGAACAAAUAAACAUUUAUGUUUAAUGUCUUUAAGAAAUAAGAGAAAUAAAAUAAAAAGAAAACUCGAACUAUAGGUGAUUUUAACAGUGAAAUGGAAAAUAUUUGUAGAGAAGAAGAAAAAGAAAACAAUGACGGAGAUAUCUUCUGCCGGCACUUGGUGAGAGACAGGACAAGCAAUAGGCAGACUCAAUACAAAUUCUAAUGCCAACAUAAUUUAGUCUGACGAAAUCCACGGGCAGCAGUCCUCUCGCAGGUUAGAAAUCUAGGGAGCAGCUGCCACCAGUCAUCCUUCUUUGGGCAGCUCUUCAAGGCAUCAUUCACGGUGUUCCUGCGUCGGUACUUUCGACUCAGUAGUAUUUCCUCUGCGGGAGUGUUCCGUUUGUGCAACACAUUACUUUUGUAUCAGUAUUCUUUCUGCAGCGAAACUUCUCCUGCCGCAGUGCUCCUUCUGCUUUAGUAGUGCCGCUCCCUGCAGUGGUAUCACCUUCUGCAGCUGUACUUAUUGCGCAACAGAACAUCUUCUACAGUAUCGUAUCAUAUCAUCUUCAUCAGUACCACUUCUGCAAUAGUACAGUAUUUCUCAGCGGGAGUACUCUCGUGUAGCAGUACCUCACCCCAUCAUCACAGUAACUCUGCAGGAGACUCCCCCCCUCCCUUCUCCCCCCCAAACAUAUGUUUAUAAUUCAUCCUGUUCUGUACAUAGUGACCUACCAGGAGUCCGGUGUUUAUAUUCGUGCAGUGAUAUCUCUGUGUAACUUUAUAUAAUGACUGUGUAAUAUACAUUAUACAUAUAUAUACAUUAGUUUAGACUUCUGAAUAUUGAAAAACAGGAAAAAAUGUUAUUUAAUGGAUUGUGUCCCAGUCGUUAGAUUAUUAAAGAAAGCUCGAACGCUUCAGUUACAGUGAUUGUUAUUGUCUCUGUGAGGCAGGCUAUUGGUUUCGUUCUUUGUGACGUCACACUGUAUCUGAACGCUGAUUGGCUACUGAAGUAUUAUUUCAGGGAAUAUGCAAACAUUUCAGGCAAAAAUAAUUCAUGAAAAUGAUGUAAUGGAAUUUAUAAAAUAGAUAUACAAAAAUUAAUGAACUCGUUUUGAAAUACAGUCACUUACCAUGACCACUCGUGUGUUUGAGUGACUAAAGGAGUAAGUUAUUCUUUAUAUCAUAAUUAUGUCAGUCUUUCAGGCCUCAGAUGCCGUGCUGUUCAAUACAUCAUUUAUACAAGAUUAUUAAACCUACUUAAAUCGCAUGGUAUAGCCUAUAAAUCUCUGUUAUAGGCGGCCAUGUAUGGAUCUCAGAUUUUUCUUAAAGUGUUUUAAGUGUUGGCUUUAAUGUACAAAUUGUAAAGGUGUUUUUUAAAGCACAAAUUGUUGUAAAUAUUGUAUGUUAUGUGAAUAUGUGUAAUUUAAUGUAGAAAAUAAAAUCUCUA